AUUUAAUAUAGUUUUUCCAUCUGAUCAGUUGAGUCAACGACUCUACGCGAUUCAGACGUAUAAACGUGGUCGGGUUCUGAGACAGGUUUUGCGCGUGUUGUUAAGUUUUUUUUAUUGUAUUAGGAUUUAUAAACAAAGCAAAAAAUGUCUCUAACCCCGGUCCAACAAUGGUAUGCAGGAAAGACAAUAUUCAUCACAGGAGGAUCGGGUUUUAUGGGAAAGGUAUUAUUGGAAAAACUACUGUAUGCAUGCUCGGAAAUACGCACAAUUUACGUGUUGGUUCGUCCAAAACGAGGAAAAGUACCGCAAGCGCGGCUCGACGAUUGGUUCAAGCUACCGGUAUUUCAACGCAUCAAAAACCAGAAGCCUGAAGUAUUCAAAAAGCUAGUUCCAAUUCAAGGUGAUAUAACGUUUGAUGGAUUGGGGAUAUCGCGCGACGACGUACAAAGACUUACUAAUGAAGCCGAAAUCGUUUUCCAUUGCGCUGCAACUCUCAAGUUGGAGGCAAACCUGAAGGAUGCUAUAGAGAUGAACACCGUCGGUACGAAACGAGUGCUGGAUUUGUGCAAACAGAUGAAGAAGUUGCAAGUUUUACUACAUCUGUCAACAGCUUUUUGCUAUUGCGAUAAGGAGGUACUAAACGAAAGAGUGUAUGACUUCCACCAUAGUCCCUAUGACCUAAUGCGAGCGAUCGAAUGGAUGGAUGAGAAGACACUCGAUCUCAUAACACCCAACUUGUUGAAGCCACAUCCCAAUACAUAUACGUAUUCCAAACGACUGACAGAAUGUCUCGUGAGGGACAGUUAUCCGCAACUGCCUGUAUGUAUAGUGCGACCUAGCAUCGUCACCCCUGCAGACAAGGAACCUGUCGAAGGAUGGGUGGACAACUUGAAUGGCCCUGUUGGUAUCAUGGUAGCUGGAGGCAAAGGAGUUAUGCGAUCCAUGUUGUGCAAUGGCGAGUACAACGCUGAAGUCAUACCAGUUGAUCUUGCUAUCAACGGUCUGAUAACGAUUGCAUAUACUCUCGGUCAAAUGAAGGAAAUGCCGCCAGAAAUUCCAGUUUACAACGUUACAUGCCGAGAAACCAAACGAACGACUUGGAAAGAAGUGCUGGAAAUGGGGAAAGCAACCGCUUAUGAAUAUCCGUUUGAAGCUGGCGUAUGGUACCCAGAUGGAGGAAUAACAACAAACAAAUUGUAUCAUACUUUCUGUGUAAUUUUCUUCCACUGGUUACCCGCUUACUUAAUAGAUUUCUUGAUGUUUUGCUUUGGUCAAAAAAGAUUUAUGUGCCGUCUGCAGACAAUGAUUUCACAGGGGUUGGAUUUACUCCAAUUUUUCACAACACGUCAAUGGGAUUUUAAAUCACAGCAAUACCAAGCGAUAGCAAAGAGCCUUACUCCACGGGAUUUCGAGUUAUUCGAUAUGGAUAUCGACAAGAUCGAUACUAAGGACUACCUCAAACGGAUCAUUCUCGGUGGGCGUCAAUAUUGCUUGAAGGAACCCCUAACCUCACUGCCAAAAGCUCGAAUGCAGUUGAAAGCCCUGUGGGUUUUAGACAAAGUGGCAAAAGCUUUCAUGAUUUGGUUUUUGUUUUGGGGAUUGCUUAAAAUUACAGGAUUUAGUGAAAUUUUCAAGACAGUGAAUUCUAAUUAAGCAGCAUAGAGUAUGUUGGUUGGUUUAAUAUUGAUUUCGAAUUUAUUAUGUAUUGGGGUGUUGUUGGGCCAAAUAAAUAAAAAUCAACUGUUGUAUUAUUUCUUUUAAA